CUGUUCACCUCCCAGUCGGUCUACUGGACGUCAUCAUGUCGAGACGCAGUCUUCGUUUGGACGGUCAUCUGCUGGACCAAAGCCUUCCACUCAGCAGCGCCUCUUUUAGUGUGGGAGGGGCAAAUUGGAGGAACUCCAGAGAGCACAGUGGUUGCAGAUCCUUCCAGCUCCACUCAGAGCAGCAGCAUUCCUAAAGGCUCUGAGGCCUUUCAUCUAGAACGCCCUGUUGAAAGUCAGAACAGAGAACAGUGUCAAGAUCGGUAUUCUUGGAUGCCAGCAAGACCUCCGAGUGUAUCUGGAGAGCAGGACUUGUCCUCACACACACCCAUCAUCUACAGCAGAGAGCGAAAUCGCACCAAAUGUUCUGGCCGGUGCAGGCGUGGUUGUGUCAUGAACCAGAAGGACUCUGGUUCUAACCUCAGGCAGGAGGACCAGCAUUUGUGUGCAGACUGUAAAAAGAAACAGGGUGUCCGACCCUCACUUUGGACCACCAUGGAGAUUGCAGGUACUGCAGCUGGGAACAUGUUCAGGUGGAUCAGUGGACGAUGGUUUAACAUCAAUGCCAGUAUUUUAGUGCGUGUCCCCCUGAACCUCGUCCUAGUUUUCCUCCCUCUGCUCUUCCUUGCUGUAUUCAGCUGGAGGUCUGCAGUGUCUGAUGAACAGGCUCUGCCAGUCGGUGUCAAUGUUAUGGAUCAAAUGACCUCUCCUGGAGAAUCAGCGGUUGAUCCUACAUAUGUUCAUGGUCUGGAGCAGAGUCUGAGGUCUCUGUGGAAGCGAUUGGAGGAGGUGGACCGGCAGGCAGAGCAGAGACAUGAUGAGAUACAGAGGCUGCAGGCCAACAUACAGCAGCUUACAGGCCAGUGCAACCACGGGGGAAGAAGAGGGGCAGAGUUCUGGUUAAAGAACUUGGUGGACACUCGUCUUAAAAGAGGAUGGGAUGAGAUCCGAUUGAAGGAGCAGGUCCAUCCGGAGAAGAGUUGUUUAUCUCGGCUGGAUCAUCUAGACCACCAAGUGCAGAUGUUCGCAGAGUCUCUGCAGGACUUGAUGAAAAAUGAAACUUCAUUUGUAGUAUCCAGUGAUGCUGUCGACCAACAGUUCCAUCAAGCAGUUCAGUCAGAGUUUGCAGGCCUGAAAGAGGAGCUCAGGGAGGUGCGGGAAGCUGUGGACGGUCUAUCAAGUUCACAGGAUGGUCGCAAGAACCUGGACCUUGAAAUGAUGGUAAGGAAGGAUCUCCAGGUGCUUGUUUUUGGGAACCAGCAAGAGACAUUACACGAGGUCAACGGACCAGCAGCCGACGAGUCACUUCUGCAGUUCCUGUCUCAGCGGUUUGUCAGCAAGGAGGAUGUAGAGCAAGCAGUAGAAUCUCUGGAGCACAGACUCCUGCAGGACGUUGAUCAACAGCUACAAGUACAUCACAAAGAGUCUGCCCAAUAUUCUUUUCUGCAGACCUCUGGUGUGACCCGAGAGGAGGUCAACACAAUUUUGACUGACGCUCUAAGGACCUUCUCGCAGGACAAAAUUGGCCUGGCGGACUACGCUCUGGAAUCUGGAGGAGGCAGCAUCCUGAAUUCUCUUUGCUCCGAAACGUACGAAACCAAAGCUGCUCUUCUGAGUCUAUUCGGAGUUCCCCUCUGGUACUUUUCCCAGAGUCCCAGAGUUGUCAUUCAGCCAGAAGUUCAACCAGGAAACUGUUGGGCAUUCCGAGGUUCCACAGGAUACCUGACAAUCCGUCUCUCCAUGAAGAUCUUUCCCACAAUGGUCUCCCUGGAGCAUAUUCCCAAGUCUCUGGCACCUGGUGGAACACUAAGCAGUGCUCCCAGAGACUUCAACGUUUACGGUCUGGAUGAAGCUGAUGAGGAACCCGGAGUGCUGCUUGGGACGUUCACCUAUGAUCAAGACGGAGAAUCCCUUCAGUCCUUUUCUGUGGCUGCGAGUGCUGGAGCUUUCCAGAUCAUUAAGGUGCAUGUUUUGUCUAACUGGGGCCACCAGGAUUACACCUGCAUGUACCGCUUCAGAGUGCAUGGAUCGCCUGCUCAACCCUCUCUGACUUGAGUUCAGGCUUUGACUCAUUUUAUAGUUUUUCCUUUUUUUUGUUUUUUUUUUUUUGUUUUUUACAGGUCGUCAAUGCACAGUGGCAUUUCAACUCGGCAAAAAAUGAACAUUUGCUUUUUGUUUAUAUGUUUUAUUGUUUGAUUUAAAUAAAAGUUUAAAUAUAUUUUAGCAUAUUUUCAGCAAGUUUGUUGGGCCUUUUUCAUUGGCGUGGUUUCACCUGAACGUUCUUCUGUAUUGUAUUGUAACCUCUUUGUCACCAGCAAAAUAUUUUUUUUGU